ACAGCCAGCGCGAAAAUAAGUAAUCUUAUCUCGAAACGUUUUAUUUGUAUUAUUUUUCAUAUAAUGCAUGAUUGUCUCUUACUAACAAUAUAAUUCAAAUAAUAUUAAAAUGGUGUAAUUAGUAUAAAGUGAUGUGGUGGGUAUACAAAUCGCAACAGUCAAUUUGUAUAUAAAUAUACAAGGAAUUAUUACUCCAAACUUAUUUCAAUUUGAAUUGUUUGGUGUAUCAGAGAGGUCGGAAUACCCGUAUCACGAGCGUGAGGAUAUAAGUGACAUCAAUAUUUGUUGCGACUUUUCAAAUAUUACUAAUUGAAAAUGGCAAAAAUGUUAGAAUCUAGUCCCAACGCAGCUCUAGAUAAAACUCUUAUUCAGCAUUAUUUAACUCUACCCACUCCAGAUGGAAAAUGUCAAGCUACGUAUAUUUGGAUUGACGGUUCUGGUGAAAAUGUUAGAUGUAAAACUAGGACAUUGGAUUUUGUUCCAUCAGAUCCUAAAGAAUUACCAAUAUGGAACUUUGACGGAAGUUCAACGAAUCAAGCAGAAGGAUCUAAUUCAGAUGUUUACCUUCAUCCUGUAGCCAUUUACAAAGAUCCUUUCUUAAGAGGAAACAAUAAACUAGUCCUAUGCGAUACUUAUCAAUACAACAAACAACCAACAUCAACGAAUCGCCGGAUAACUUGUUUGCAAGCGAUGGAAGCCGCAAAAGAUCAGAAACCUUGGUUCGGUAUUGAACAAGAAUACACGCUGUUGGAUAUGGACUUGAGACCUCUCGGUUGGCCCAAGAACGGUUUUCCUGGGCCUCAAGGACCUUAUUACUGUGGUGUUGGUGCUAACAAAGUUUAUGCUCGUGAUAUUGUUGAAGCGCAUUACAGGUGUUGUCUUUAUGCUGGGAUUAAUAUAUCAGGAACCAACGCAGAGGUUAUGCCAGCCCAAUGGGAAUACCAAGUAGGUCCAUGCGAAGGAAUUUCCAUUGGAGACCAACUCUGGGUAUCUAGAUAUAUUUUGCACAGAGUAGCAGAAGAUUAUGGUGUUAUUGUAACCUUCGAUCCCAAACCAAUGGAAGGUGAUUGGAACGGAGCCGGGGCACAUACCAAUUUCUCCACCAAAGCUAUGAGAGAAGAAAACGGCAUAAUUGAAAUAGAAGAGGCGAUUAAGAAGCUCAGCAAAAAUCACCUUAGGCAUAUCCAAUUCUACGAUCCUAAAGGAGGAAAAGACAACGCACGUCGUUUGACCGGAAGGCAUGAAACUUCUUCAAUUCAUGAUUUCAGCGCAGGCGUAGCAAAUCGUGGAGCCAGUGUAAGAAUUCCCCGCGGAUGUGCCGAAGAAAAGAAAGGUUAUUUGGAAGAUAGACGACCAGCUUCUAAUUGUGAUCCUUAUUCAGUAACGGAAGCUAUAAUCAGAACGUGUUGUCUGAAUGAAUAAAUAUAAAUAAUAAUACUAGCACAAUUUGCACCUACUUGUAUUAUAUUUCAAAAAAAAUUUUAGAUUCGUAUAUGUUAUGUAAAAUAUAGUCAAAUUUAUCACUAUUUAAUAUUCGUAACAAUGGUAACAUCAUCUUCACAGAUCACUAGAAUUUUAUUUUUAUUGUUAAUUUUUUUUUUGGAUGUAAUCUAUUGAAGUUUUAUAACAUUUCGGGAAAAUAGUUAAGAAGAUUAAUUUUUUGAAAAAAUAAGUUGAGAUGACAUUUUUAAGUUAAAAAUUUUUUUAUUAUGGAAUAUCAACUUAGACUUAGUCAGUUUAUAAUUGAUGUAUAUUCAAUGAAUAAAUAUUUACUAGCUA